AUGAAGUUUAUGUAUGUUUUAUCGGGUUGGGAAGGAACUGCAAGUGACUUAAGGAUAAUUAAAAAUGCACUACAUGAGCGCGAAGAUAAACUAAUAACCCCAACAGUGGAUGGGGGUUACAUGCUAAAUAGUGGGCUGAUUACACCAUAUAGAGGUGUGCGCUACCACUUGAAAGAGUACUCAUCACGUGCACCAGAGAAUAUGGAAGAAUUAUUUAACCACCGACAUUCUUCUUUACGAAAUGUAAUUGAAAGAAUAUUUGGAGUACUAAAAAAGAGAUUUCCAAUUAUUUCAAGUGGGGCAGAAGCUCAUUAUAGAGUUGACACCGUGAUAGAAAUUGUAUUGGCUUGUUAUAUACUUCAUAAUUAUCUAAUGGGUGUUGAUUUGGAUGAAAGAUUGAUUGCAGAAGUUGAUCAUGAUCACGUUAAUGUUGAUCUAGAUAAUGGACAAGACUUUGAUACAAGUAAUAAUGAAGAAGAUGCUAUUGAAGGAGCAGCUAUAAGGAAUUCAAUAGCAGCUAGCAUGUGGGACGAUUAUUUAGGAGAUGGAGAAUAA